AUGGAGCGGCAACAUAGUCGACGUCGCAAGUUACACCAAGCCGAGGAGCCAAGCUUCCGACAACCCGUCACACCGUCUCGGGUGGCUCGACCCGGGCGGUCAUGGUUCCUGGUGGGAGCGUUCAUCGUGUGCCUCUGGGUGAUGGUAGUGUAUGUCUUCGGGAUUGGCUUCAACCUCCGCUGGUCGAAUUUGGUCACUCCGCCCCAAACGCAUGCCGCACAAGACCAGUCCGAGACGAACCGCCCUCGCAUCGAGCUUCACCCAGAAGAUCAUGUGUAUCGUGCCCCUGUCACACGCCACCUGGACUGGCGCAUCUCCAAGGGUCACCGAAGACCUGAUGGUGUGUUGAAGCUUGUCUAUCUCAUCAAUGACUUGUUUCCUGGCCCGACCAUUGAGGCUCGCUCGGGUGAUACUCUUCUCAUCACUGUCCUCAACGCAGUCGAGGAUGAGCCCGUUGCUCUUCAUUGGCAUGGGAUUCACAUUGCAAAUGCCAUGGAUGGAGCAGUGGGCAUUUCUCAAUGCGCAAUCGCUCCGGGAGCGCAGUUCGUCUACAAUGUCACCAUUCCUUCCGAUCAGAGCGGGACAUUUUGGUACCAUGCCCACGCGGGCGUAUCCCGUGGUGACGGUCUCUAUGGUGGUCUGAUCGUACAUGCCCCUGCGACCACAAGCUCUGUGCGGGGUCUGGUUGCAGGCACUCAGAGUGAAAUGCAGCGAUUUCAAUACGCUCGAGAGCUGUUGCUCAUGAUUGGGGACUGGUAUCAUCGACCUGCACAAGAGGUUUUGGCUUGGUAUAGAAGUCCGGGAAAUUUCGGAAAUGAGCCGGUGCCGGACUCAUUACUGAUCAAUGGAGUUGGACACUUCGAUUGCGGUAUGGCAGUUCCUGCUCGACCUCUUGACUGCAUCUCGCAGGUGGUAAACACGUCUUUUCUGGACCUUGAUCCAGACACAACCUAUCGUAUUCGUGUCGUCAAUACUGGCGCUCUCGCGGGAUUGUCACUGGUAUUUGAGCAGGAAAAUAUCGACCUCGUUCAAGUUGACAGCAUCGAUGCGGAACAACCCCAGCUGGAGAAUACCAACUCUGUGGGCGUUCUUUUCCCUGGUCAGCGACUGGAUCUCAUUAUCCAUCCGAGACCUGACCGAGGAUCUUCAUCAGCCGUGACGGUGAAGCUUGACCAGGGGUGCUUCAAGUACAUCAACCCAGCAUUGACUCCUGAGCAAACUUUCCCCAUCCAUUACCGUUCAAACGCUGCUUCCAGCGAAACCCAAUUUUCAACACCCGCUGUAAGGAGAACCAUCAACCUUGACAAAGUGCCAUCCGCGCCAUCAGUGCUUCAACGUCUGCCUGCAAGGGCCCAGCAGACCCAAGUUGUGUAUACCAAGAUACAAAAGAUGGCUCGUAAUCACAACAUUCCAGAAGGUUAUUUCAACCAGACCACCUGGCAGCCUCAAAGCGAGCCUCCAGUUCCGUUAAUAGGUUUGCCUCGAGAGCGGUGGGACUCCAAUCAGUUUGCUUUCUCCACUGGAUCCGACGCUGUCUGGGUCGAUCUGGUGGUGAAUAAUCUUGAUGAGGGACCUCAUCCAUUCCACAUGCACGGUCACCAUUUCUUCAUCCUUACCGUUCAAGCCUCAUCCUUCGGCUGGGGCUCCUACAACCCAUUCGCUUCUGCCUAUCCACCUGGCCUCGAGCCCGAAUCCCAACCAACUCCAGAAUCGAGCCCGAACACGACUUCCAUACAUCCAGACCACUCAGAUGCAGAACUUCCUCAAUCCUUCCAGCCAUAUGACUUGUCCCGAGCCUCUCUCCGGGAUACAGUCCUCAUACCCAGUCGUGGUUACGCUGUGCUACGCUUCCGCGCUGAUAACCCGGGCAUUUGGCUUUUUCAUUGCCAUAUUCUGUGGCACUUGGCGACGGGGAUGGCCAUGUUGAUUGAUGUCAUGGGCGACCCGGCGGGCCGGAUUGCCCAUGAUUUGUCUUUGUUGUCGGGGCUGAAUGGGGGAGUGUGUCCUGUUUGA